GUUGACAUUGCUUAUAAUGAGGCAGGCGUUAACAACUUGAUUUUGACUAUCGUUUGCGCUAGCUAGGCACGUGUAUAACCUCUGUCCAUGUGAACGUUUACUUGGAAUUAAUAAUGUCUAUAUCAUGUGCAGGAUGCGGUGGUCCCAUUGUAGAGAAAACUUUGUUGAACGCCAUCGAUCGUUUUUGGCAUACUUCAUGCCUUAAUUGUUCAUGUUGCGGCUUACGAUUAGACGAAUUAGGACCAUCUGUUUUCGUCCGAUCAAAUAUGUUAUUGUGUCGACAGGAUUACCUUAAGUAAGUUUUCACUGUUAAACCCUCAUCAGAACCUUUGAACGGAGCAUGUCUUUCGUGCUUUAAUUAUUUAUUCAAUUUGAACGACGUUAUUAACAUUGUUGUUUAUUAAUUCAGAGGUUUGUAACUCGCAUUUGAUUAUUGCUUUUCAGUUGUAGUCUUUCGUGAACGUUAGGGUCCACAUUAAAUAAUGUUAUUCAUACACCAGGUUUCCACAACUACGAGGUUGCAUUUGUUUAGGAUCGUUCUGUGUACAUAGUUCUCGAAUGAUCAGUAGAGAGCCGAGGUUAUUGUAAAGUAGUACUUUUUUGUCAUGGAUAUAAAAUAUUGUUUGGCCUUUCGGGAACAUGUGCAAAAUGCAGAGUUCAAAUCCCUCCAGACGAACUUGUAAUGAAAUGUCAAGACAAAGUUUAUCAUGUGAAUUGUUUCUGCUGUACCCAAUGUCAUUCUCCAUUACAUCCCGGUGAUAAAGUUUGUUUUGUAGAUGGUAAUUUAUUCUGUGAGCAUGAAUUCCCUCAUUUAUUUUCCGGACCACAAAAAUUAAGGUUAACAUCGUCAGCUGCAAGCCCUUGUACUUCGAAUGAUUCCGAUAUGGGUCGUGGUCAAAUGAUCAAUGAGUUACCAUCAAAAAUUAAUGGUUAUCCUAACCCUUCCAGACAGUUUAACAUGAAUCCUUCAUCUUUAGAACAACAACAACCAGGAGGUUGCGGUAACAAUAUCCCUACUAAACUUAUAUUUCCACAGUCUGACAUUAUAUCUUCACUUAGCCCCCAUCCAUCCAGUCCAAACAUGUCAUUUCCUAUGCAAGUAAAUCAAGACAAUAAUCAAUCACUUAUGCCGCAUGGUUUCUAUGUCACGGACAUUGAGCAGCCUUUUAGUGAUACACCAAAUAAUGUACAAAACACAUCAGAUAAGCCGUUAAAAUCCUCUAUGAUGAACACAACAACUGAAACAACUAAUGGUCGUAAGAAGCAGCAAAAGAAAGUGGACAAUCGCCGUUGUCCUCCACUUCGUGUUUGUUGAGCCUGGGAGACUAUUAAACAUUGUGAUUGGUCGUCAAGACCACAAUUCCCGCCGAUUUCAAACCUUUACAUUGAUUCAAUUCCGUAUCAUUUUUAUUCACUUCUUAAACAUCAAAUGAAAAAGAGAAUGGAACAUCGACUGUUCUUCUCUUCUUUCUUCUUGUUUCAUAAUGACAUCGUUAAUCAAAACCUCUAUACAGGGAAAUGAAUACUUCAAGGACAGCAGAGUAAUACGAAUAUCAGCUAGCAAGAAUAAAAACAUUCUUUUUUCUUUGAAACAAUAAUCUGUACAAAUUAUUUCUUUUGUCCCACUUCAUACUGUUCAGAUUACAAACUGACUAAAGUACAAACAUUAAUG